UAUGGGUACUUCCUGACAUGAACGUGCAUCAGUGUGGUCAGUACUUCCCAGCAACGGAUGCAAACAUGAAUGGCAGCUGGGGUAUCGACCUGAUAUGCACCACAUAGGUGAGGAGACACGCUUUGAGCAUACAGCUAGGCAUGGGGACGGAGAGUGAGAGUAUGCUGCAGCUUGCAGCGGAGGCUUUCCAGUCGAAAAACUUCGACCUAGCUGCGGAUAUCUACGAGUGCCAACUAGCGGGUCUCGGAGAUCCAGGCAGCCGGCAGGAGCUGAUGGUGAAGCGGGCUGACGCUCUCGCCUUCGGGGGCAAAUUCGCGGAAGCUUUCAGUGUCUACAGACAAGCGUCGGAGAAAGAGCGACUGAGACCUGUUCACCUGGCCAACCUCAUAGAGUACCUGGCGGGUAGUAUCAGGAGGCAAGACCUGGGUGACAGUCAAACCAGGUGCCCGGGGAGAGGAGAGGAGGGAGAGGCUGCGGUGGCGGCUCGAUGCCCGGGAGUUGGUGCGACAGGUUUCGGGUACGAGGACUUCUCCUGCCGGAUAUGUCUGAGCUUUCUGUUCGAGCCUGUGACCCUGCCGUGCGGACACUGCUUCUGCAAGAAGUGUCUGGAGAGGGAGGUGAAGGAGCGGCAGGUGAUGUGUAAGGAGUGCAGGGACAGCUCCAGGGUAGCAGACGUCCAGAGUUACAGGGUCAAUGUGGUCCUCAGCAACCUGCUGGCCAAGUGGUUCCCCACCUGGAGCCAGGCAGGCCGGCUGAGGCGGGAGGGCAACGCACUGUACGCCGAGAAGAAGAUGGAAGCAGCGCUGGAGAAAUACAACCAAGCCAUACUGAUAGCACCCAUGGACCACAUACUGUUCAGUAAUCGCUCCCAGAUCCACUCAAGUUUGAGACGCUAUGAAAAGGCUCUGAGAGAUGCUGAGAUGGCCUGCAGACUUAUGCCUCACUGGUCCAAGGGUCAUGUUCGUAAGGCCCAGGCCCUGGUGUCACUGGGCAGGACAGAGGAAGCUCUUAGGGAGUAUCUGGUCUGUCUGUCUCUGGAGCCUGACUGUAGACUGGCCAAGACUGAGGCCCACAAGCUUCUCAGUGAUCUCCUGGCUCCAGUUACAGAUCAGGUUCCUGAGCACAUCUCAGACUGCUCCAACACACUGUCUUCCAGAGCACACAUCAAGAGCAGCAUUAACACUCCCUCCCAGAUCUUUAGCACCAACUUGUUGUCAUCAGCGUCCAGUCUUGCGCCCGCUCCUCCUGCUCCAGAGGGCAGUGAGGUCAAAGGUCAGGGAAAGCCUGAGGUCAGGAGACUGGAUCACCGUUUUCUCCUCAAAAGGAAACGGUGGAGCAUGGAGGAGGAGGUGGAGGAGGGAGGACAGGAGAGUAGCAGCGAUCACAAGAGAGCCAAAUCUGAUCCAGCAGAGGCGACUAAUCCAUCGAGCUCUGCAGUUGGUGACGUCUUGGACCCCACAGAUCUGGAGUGUUCUCUUUGUAUGAGACUUUUCUAUGAGCCAGUGACGACACCGUGCGGUCACACCUUCUGUCUUCGGUGUCUGGAGAGAUGUCUGGACCACAACCCGAGGUGUCCACUCUGUAAAGAGGAGCUGUCUGAGUACCUGGUCCAGAGGCAGUACUGUAAGACAGUGAUAAUGGAGAAGCUGAUAUCGAAGUAUCUUCCCUCUGAGCUCAUGGAAAGACAGAAAAUCCACCAGGAUGAGAUGGCUGAGCUCUCCAAUCUUAACAAGAAUGUGCCUAUAUUUGUGUGCACCAUGGCCUUCCCCACUGUGCCGUGCCCUCUCCAUAUCUUCGAGCCGUGCUACAGACUGAUGAUUCGCCGAUGCAUGGAGACGGGAACCAACUGCUUUGGCAUGUGUCUGGGAGAUAACCUUAAGGGGUUUGCAGACUACGGGUGCCUGUUGGAGAUCCGUGAUGUGAAGUUCUUUUCAGAUGGCCGUUCAGUUGUGGACACCAUCGGCAGACGGAGGUUUAAAGUCAUUCAGCACAGUGAGAGGGAUGGAUACAACACAGCUGAUAUAGAGUACCUGGAGGAUGUUAAGGUGGAGGGUCUGGAAGAGCGUGAGCUGCAGUCUCUGCAUGACAUAGUGUACGACCAGGCUCUGGUAUGGGUCAACUCCUUAAAGACAGAACAGAAGGAACGCAUUGAAGGACACUUUGGACCGAUGCCUCAGAAAGACUCUGCACUUCAGGACAGUCCUAACGGUCCCUCAUGGUGCUGGUGGCUGCUAGCUGUUCUUCCAUUAGAAGGCCGAGCCCAGCUGCCGUUUCUGGCCCUCACCUCUCUGAAAGAUCGCCUCAGCGGCAUCCGCAAGGUGCUGCUCCUCAUGGCCCACAACAGGCACCGGUGACAUCUUCUCCACCUGCCUGGAAAAUGCAGUAACCACCUGCCCCCCAUACACACACACACACAUCCUCCUCCAAAGCAGCAGUUGACCUGUUGUUCUUACUUUUGAUGCACAAAGAACUGACAUUGAUGUUGUUGCACCUUCUUUGUUGUAGCCCCACCCCAUUCACAAAACAGUGAUGGACUCAUCUGCACAUCUACAGCAAACUUUGACUAAAAAAAGCAGCAACAAAGAUGAGAGUGAGCUGAAUACAUAGAUAUCUUUGUUCAUAACAUUCUCUUCACACCAUACAGAAAACCAGCCGUGCAGACCUGCAGAUUGAAGCUAUGUUCAGACAGAAGGGACAUCUGAUUUCUUAUGAUGACUGUCAUUACAAGUCACAUGUGACUAGAUUUGGUACAUUACAUCACCUUCUGUUAUAACAUUGGAUGUCACUGUAACAAUACUAAUGCGCACAUGCUAAGAAGCUACAUGUUUUUGUCUAACAUUUCCAGGUGUACAGCAACAAGCUUUUGUGCUGUUAUGUCUUCAAAUGUCCAGGUUCCACUGUUGCCUUUCUGGCCCUCCUCCAUGUUUAUAGUUCUUUGUUCUUCCUCUUGCAUACAUUUUGUUUGUGAAAACAAACUUUGCAGUCUGAUAUGAGUGAUUUUUCCCAAAAACAGGCUGAGCUGCCUGUCUGAACAUAGCUUUAAAACAAAGACAGAACAAUUUCCCCAGAUCAGACAUACAAAUUCAUUUAUGGCAAGUACCAUUGAUUCAACCAAUCAGUGUCCACUUGCUGUAUGUCUCUAAAUGUACAUAGAAAUUCUGCAAGAGACCAAACAAUUUGCCUUUUGUGUGGUUGCACUCACUACUGUUGAGUGAAUAGUAAUAAUAAUAAUAAUAAUAAUACUGAUUAGAUAUGAUUAAUUUGUAUGCCCAUUACUAAAUGUAGACAGAAACAGAUAAACCUAUAUGUUUACUAUUCUGCCACCUUUAUUAUAACUUCAAUAACAAUCAUUUUUUUGGCUGCUCUUCUGUCUUCCUGUCCUCCUUGCUUCCUUCAUUGCUGUCCCUGUCUGACACUACAUCAUGGUGCAUGAAUAACAAUGGACUGAACUUUUUCAUUGCUUGUUCUUGUGUUUCAUUCAUCCAUGUUUUUUAUUUGUUGGAAUUUUUUUUUUCACUAUUUAUUUUGUCGUUAUUUAUGCAUGCCGUGACAUUGUUUACAUUUUACAGAAAGAGAUGCUGAGCUGCUCACUUUCCAAAGGCUUUUUGUUUAAACUUAACCCUUGACCCAAACGUCAGUAAUAAUAUUCUGUAAUGUUGUAGGGUAUUAUUACUGUUAUACAACUAUUUACACAAUCAGCAGGGGGUAAAGAGUUGGGGCCAACAUAGCUGCCACUGAAAACUAGCCAGGACAAACUCUAGAAAUUGGAGUUGAGGGCAGAUUCUCUUCCAGACCACAUAUUUUUAGAACGCCGGUGACCCAAAUCAGUGUAGUAUUUGUAUUGGCCUGUGUCAAUCUGAGCUAUGUUGACUUUAACAUAUUUGGAUUCCCCCUCUGUCAGCAGCCUCUCUAUAGCAGAGGUACUUGUAAUAAUUACAGGCUUUAAGAGAGCCUGGCAAGCAAUACCUGGAUUUCUGAUACCAUUAUGUCCUAAGUAUAUUUAUUCAGUAUUUAUUCAGACUUGUGUUGCACUUCCACUUUAAGUAAGGGAAAGAAACAGAGCAGACAGGCCUCAGGAUGUGCAUUUCCACUAUUGCUAGUGUCAGAAUACUUAACUAUUUUUAUUACCACAGAAUAAACUCAAAUCCUCUAAUGACUUAAUCAGUAAACAGUCCCUAAAUGAAAGCCUGUCUGCACUGUCUAGUAGUCCAACGCUACUGCUACAGAUCUCCUUUCAUAUGGGUUUGAUUGAUGUAUGCUAAAGGCUGGUGCCUUCUGUCCACAGAAUAACAUGGUGUGAAACAAUUUCACAUUAGGUAGUGCAUACUAGGCCCAUUUUAAGGUUAAUCUCCCUUCUUUUGCAAAUUUUGGUUCAGAAAAUGAUUUUCACGGAAAGAAAAUUUGUAUAUAUUGAUUUGGAGAAUUCCCACAAAUAUAUUUCUGAGAAAAUGGUGUUGUUAGAAAAGUAUUGAGGCCUUGCUGAUGUCUGUGACAUAACUGUUUUUACAUGGCAAGAGCUAAAUCUCUGGAAAAUGCAAGAGAUUGUUGAGCUUUGCCUUUAAAAUGUUUUUAUUUUAUAUACGCGUGUUUGAUUUUACAUGUUUCUAUGUCAGUCGCGUUCUUUGUAUUUUAUUAUUUUCUUCACCUUAGUCGUGUGUUUAUUUUGUCUGUAUUUCACCUGUAAUAGUACAGGGAGUGUCAUCCACAUUUAUUAUUUUCUGUUGAAGGUUAAAGCCGUGUAAUGCUAUAAUAUUGAAAAAGUGAAUACCACAAUCUUUUAAUAUUUUCCCCACAAUAAUUUGGUGAUACUUUAUUGUCAGGUGGUUGCAAUAUGACACAGAAUGUAACAGCAGUACUAUAGAAAGUACUAUAUAAACUAUAUAAUCCAUUGUGUAAUGAUCCAAGUGUUAAAUUAUAUUAGAAGAUUUCUGUCUAAAGAGGCAUGUACUAUUGAACAAGUGCUGAGAAAAUAAGAUUAACUGGUUUCAGCUAUCUCUCCAAAAUGUAUAAAACAAUAACCUUUGUAAUGUUUGCUAAUAUUGUAGCUGAUGCCCACUGAAAAGCUAUGUUGCUCAAACUGGGCAGGAAAUGGAAAAGCCAUUAGUCAGAUAUAACCACACCUCCAGUAUAAAAGCAUAUCACAGAGAUAUUUCAAAUUCAGAGACGCAUGUAUUUCCUGAUAGAUGUGAAGAGGUAGAGGUAAAGGGAAAAGCCACCGAAAAGAAAGUCACAUAUGCUAUUUUAUUUUUACAAUUUGUAAGCAUGAGUAUAAGUAAGAAAAAAAUAUUUAAACUCCCUCAAUGAACGAGUUCAUCGUUGACAGUGAAGCUUCUUGAUGUCCUGACUGUACAGACCGUCACAUGAGCAGCCGGUGUUUUUCCUUUUUUUCCCAUCACAAAAGUUGAAGCAUGACACCAAAAUGGGUUUUGUCUUAAAACUGAUAUCUAUGAAUUAUUAUUCAUCUGUGACAGCAGUUCUAGUGCCUUAAGUUGGACUUCUUCCAUUUUCACUUUGAUGUAUAAACUGCAAUAGUGACUACUGUAUGCUAGCGUUUUGUGCAACAACUUUGGGUUCCCUAAAUAACAUCUUAAGAUAAUGUCUUUAAGAACCUGGACUAUGGCAGAGGGGUUUGUGUUGGAAAAGUGAUUAGUAUUAUUAUUGACAUAUAACACCAGUUAAUACUAAUCUAUUAUGUAAUCUGGUUCCCAGAAAUCCUACACAUUAAGUUAGUCUAAUUAAAGCAUUCAAUAAGGCAUUAAGACAUUUUGGGAAAUAAGCUUAUUAGCUUUCUCGCUGAGAGUUAAAUGAGGUGGUGCCUGCUGCCCUCAUGUUUUUGCAUUAAAUUACGAAGCUAUUAAAUGUAAACCUCCACCAUAUUCCAGGUUUUUAAAUCAUUGUGGGUUAGAAUUGACUUUUUUCCACACCGACAACCAACACACUUAGCCUUAGCUCCUGCAAUCCUGGCUGACUCAUGUUUUUUUUGUGCUUUUUAAAUAUAUAUAUAUAAAAAAGGAUACAUUUUUUCCAUAUGCUUGGAUUAUCACAGAGAUGAUUUCAGAGGAGAAGUGUGAAUCAGGAAACUACGGAAGCCAAAAAUGGCCAUGCUUUCAUUUAAAAAAAAAAUGUGUCAAAAAAAAUGUCUUUCUCUAAAGAUCACUAGUAAAUUAUUCCAUUAUCUACACCGGCAGAAACUGCAUUCUGUCUCUCUGUUAAAGAUAACGCUCCCUGUCAUUUAAGGACAAUCCUCCCUGACAGUCACGACAGUGAUCUUGAAGGCUGAAGUCAGGCGUGAUCAAAUGAACCAAACACUCAUUUUCAAGCUUGCCAUAAUUAUCCCCUGAUCUUGAUGAUAAAUUAGCUUGUUAUCUCGAGAAACUGGCCUUUUGUUUUCCCAAGAAUCAACAUAUAUUAAUUAACCUGUAAUCACUGGAAAACUUUUUAUUUUUUUAUCGUUUCGUUAUCUUGUGAUGAUGAAAACGUAUUUAACUUGUGAUUUCGAGAUGACAGCAUCAAAAAAAUAACUGCAAGCACGACCCUUCUCGGCUUCCAUAGCAAACAGCACAGGUUAUAAGCUAUGACCCAGUGAAGAUGUGAACACAGUGGCAUUUGUCUUGGUGUCAAGUAUUGAAUCCUUAAAGAUUAGGAUGGGUUUAAGCUGCUGCUGCAGCUUGAUGGUAUCAUUUUUGACAUUUUGUAGCACUCCAAACUCAUGAUAACGUUGAUCAUGCUGACAAACUUCCUGUAAGCUGUAAAGUGGCUUGUAAUUUCAAUGUCUCCAGUUUGUUCAGUAACCAUAACAAAAUAACAACAGUGUAGAUGUAGAAGUGGCAUCUUUUUGAUCUUUUGUUAUCCAGCUAUGCAAAAACAGUAGGAUGGGGGAUUACUGAUGCCCACUGAUAUCUUGACCUUUCAGAAUUCAACCACUGAUCUUUUGAAGGAGUGUAACUACCUCUAGCAUCCUUCUAGAGCACUUCCACAAAGAGAGUAAGAAAAACUAUGCUUCCUAAUUUUGUUGUUUUCUUGUCAGUCUUGUUUAAUCUGUGUUAAAAGUGUAAUUUGAGAGUCUAAACAAAUAAUGUAUAUCAUCUGUGUCUCAUCAUUGCUUCAAAAAUGUGCUUUUUUUUUCUUAAGAUUUGUGCCCAUGUCAAAAUGUACCAUCUUCAUCAACAAUUCACACAGAGUUUAUGUCACUUUGUCAACUAAAACUGCAAAAACUCAUAGGUUUGUGUGUAAUGUAUUGGAUACUGAUCCCAAAUAUUUUAAGUAUUUUGAGGAGCACUUGAUUUAUCUCACCUGGCAAAGUGAAAAGCUUCUUGUAUGUCCUCUCCUGUUAAAGUGAGUUGAAAAAAAUCCAUGCUCAUCUAACUUUAAAUAUCUUAAUGUCCUAAAAAAGCUUUUCCAAGUGCUCCUAAUAUUUUCAGAUAUUUGCGCUAACAUCAGUCACUACAUGGCCUGCUUGACCUCCUGUCCAUGGCCUCUAAAUGUGUCUGGGUGAAAUCGCACAAGAUGAAUGUAUGUAUGUCUCGACAUCUCUCUGAUGUUUUCUGUACAUGUCUGUUUUUGAUAGUAAAACUUUAGUAUGCAUUACUUUUGCAAAAGUACAGUCUUGAAGCUGCAACUUGUGAAUAAACCAAAAGGUUUGUGUUCUCAGCUUGCUUGAGAACACACUGGACUGGG